AGCCAUCAUAUUUUGCACGCGCUAAUUCUCAGGGUCUGGAGCAGAAAGGGCAGCCCGUACAGGGGGCAGAGUCUCCCUGGGGUCGCUCAGGGCGUGUGCAAGCGCCUCCUCCGCAUACCCCGCUUCCAGCCGGAUAUCUAAGGUGCUUUGCACCAAAUGCGGCGCGUCGUCCUGACGGCCGCCGUCGCCGGCGGCGUCAAAGCCGACCGGCCGCGGAAGCAGAUUGUGGAGACUGCACACCCGCGGCUCCGGGAGGCCUGGGCGGCCACCGGCGUACUCACAGAAGCGGACUUUGCAGCGGCGCGCGCCGACGACGUGCCGUAUUCAGUAAGAAGGAGCCUCCUCGGCGACGUCGACGACAUCCCCGCGUCCGACUGCGGCGACGACCGCAAGCGCGCCGGUGCCGAGUGGUGCUUCAACGGCACGGACCCGGGGGACAUGGACGACGACUGGGCCCGCACGGACCUGAUGGGGCUGAACCCGGGCGCGUGCGCGAUCUGCGGCUUCGUGGACGGCCCGCUGAACAGCAACGGACUGCCCGCUGGGUUGACUGAUCCGUGGACGCCCGCCACGUGGCCCUUCGACUGGCCCUACGACUGCGUCACGUGCGAGGACCCCACGGACCAGCUGGUGGUCUUCUUCCGGGACUGCACGGGCGCCUGCGUGGACGCGGCGGGCGUCGAAGAGCUCCGGGCGCUCGGCUUCGGGACGCUCGACGAGUCGGGCUGCUACGCCAAGCGCGGCUGCUACCCCGAGGGUUUUCUGGAUGCGUACUCGGUCGAGGGCGUCAACAACCAUUUUUUCGAGGACCGCGUCGCCGUCGUACAGACGUGCGUCCCGACCUGCCCCGACGGUUCCACUGGUAUCGCAUCGGGCGACGACUAUUUUUGUGGCGGCGCCUACGUCUGCUCGAACGAUGGCACGAAGUCCCCAAAAUGCUGCGAUCUUAAUACGAUGUGCUGGGGCAACGUCCGGGCCUACUGCGUGUCGCCCCUCGACGAGCGGCUGGGGUACCUGCCGGACAGCCGGGACUGCUGGGCGGCGUGCGUCCAGCGCGAGGGCGACCGGGUCGUCGCCAUCGACGUGAACGUGGCCGGCGAGUGCUACUGCCAGACCGACUGCACCUGCAUGCGCGAGGGCGACGGUCUGAACGGGGCGCGCACCUACCUCGUGACGCGCGAUUCGUUGGCGGAACUGCCGGGCCCGUGCAACGAGGACGGCCGCGCCGUCGACACGGAGCCCGUGCCGUGCACCCAAUAUCUGGGCGACGGGCCCUACCCGGCGGGGCCGCCCCGGGCCGGGACGAAGAAGAGCGGGCCUGCUACUGCUGCUGGCGGUCUGGCGAUAAAGGUGUUGAUCGCCGCGGCCGUCGUCGUCGCCGCCUGCUGCUGCUGCGCGAUGGCGGUGGGGCUCGGGACGGCCGCCACGCUGGGCCGCGAGGAGGACGACGACGACCCGCCCGAGCAGGUGCGCGAGAUCCAGCUCCACGGCCUGCGGCCCUGGAAGGCCCCCGACGGCGACAACGUCGUCGUCGGCGGCUAG